CUAGGGGGAAACGUAGUCGGCGAUCCACUUUUUUUUCCUUAAAGGCUGGGUCUUACGGCUCGACAGAUUAUAAAAACUUAUUUCUGGGUUUUUUGGCUUGUUAGCUGUACAUAUUGUCACACAGCAGCUUUUAGACAUUAUUCUGUUUUUGUUAUAAGCCAGAAAUGACAAGGAGGCAGCCUCUCGCAAUACAAAGUCAAUGGAGACGGUUUUCCCCGGUGGGCGUGGUUUUCAGGCUGCGCUCUGACUUUGUUUACCACCGAAAUAACUUUGAAGUUGUUAUAUUAAGGAAUGGCAAGCUACGAUCUAACCACAGACAAUUAUGUAACUCCGUUUAAUUACGAUUAUGACUCGACCGACAGCACAAUUGAACCUGACAUUGUUGAGCUAUGUGAAGCCAGCGAAAAGCAAGAGUUGACAAUCAGGAUUGUCCAGACAACACUCUUCGUCAUCGUUUUCCUUAUAGGCAUAGUUGGAAACGGGCUGGUCAUUGCCACCUCCGCGCUGUACCACCGUCUUCGUUGCAUGACCGACAUUUUCCUUUUCUACUUCGCUCUGUCUGAUAUGUUGCUCCUGUUGACUUUGCCACUGCAGACAGGCGAAACUCUGAUGGGCAGCUGGGAGUUUGGCGAGGGGCUCUGUAAGCUAAACCGUGGCAUGUAUGCCAUUAACACCUACAGCGGCCUGCUGCUUUUGGCAUGCAUUAGUGUGGACCGCUAUUUGGUGGUGGUGGUUCGCACCAGGGCCGUGCGAAGGGUGAAUUCUGGGGUGCUGUCUGCGAUUGGGGUUGCACUCACCUCUAUCGUGCUGAGCCUGCCGGACUUGCUCUUCUCAUCUGUAAGCAAAGAUAUGGGUACGAAUAACUCCUUGUGUGACAUGACCGUGUGGGAAGAUGAAGGAAGUAAAUGGAAGCUAUGGGCCCAAGUGGCAAAAAUUGCAGGGAUUUGUAUUCCCUGCGUGGCAAUGGUAGUUUGUUACGGUGCAAUAGGCCGUGUGUUGGUCCGUGCCGGCGGGCAAGGCUGGCGUAGGCAGAGAACUCUUCGUCUGAUGGCAUUGCUCGUGGCACUGUUCCUGCUGUUUCAGUUACCGUACACCAUUGUGCUUUUAGUCAAAAUAUUCAAGACAUCACUAACCUGUGACGAAUUUACCACAAUCCAACUUGAGGAAAACAUCACGCUGAGCCUAGCCUACGUACGUUGCUGUCUGAAUCCUCUGCUUUACGCUCUGGUUGGUGUGAGGUUCAGAAAUGACAUUGCAAGAUUGUUGACGGAUACCGGGUGCAUGUGCCUGUCACAUCUAACACCACCUUAUGAGAAUGGCAGCUCGGUUACGCCCUCCUCACCUGCUCCGUCCACUGUGACGCACCAGUCCUCCGUCUACCUGGCUGCUUAAACCACACCUGAAAAACUGGCAAAUACCAACCAAACCUUCAUUUUUUCCUGAGCCUGUAUCUAAAAUAAAUUCAUUAUUAUUCAUUAUUAGAGACAUAACUGCAUUUGAUAGAUUUAAAAGCAUAUUUUUAUUUUUAAAGAGUGUGCCAUGUAUGCUGCUUGGUAAUGUUUCGGUAGUUUUGUAAUAUUUUUUUUCUUCCUAUUUUUAGUAUAAUGACAGUACGUUUUGGUACAAAAAUAAUAAAAAAAACAAAUAAUUAUUUGAUAAAAUACUUUCUUGCUGUACAGAAUAUAUCUCACUGUUGUUAUUUUGUAUUUUACAGCUUAACAUGCUUGCAAGACAUGCAUUUUUUUCUUUCUUUAAUUUCCUUUAUUUUCAAAUAAGCACCAAGUUUUUUUUAUAGAAAAAUGCAAAUAAAAGUCAGUCUGAACUUAAG